GUAUGCAGGCUGCUGUCUUCGCGCAUCCAGAUCCUGAUAGCGGCCCAGAACUUGCUUAUGGUCAUUCAAUCGCUCACGCUGGUUUUAAUUUGCCGAUACCCGAUAAUGCAACCACGUUUUGGCUCACUUUCAAAGUUGUAGGUUCCGGUAGAGCUCAAAAAGUUCGCGGUCCAUUCGAUAAUAAUAAAGAUUACAAUUGGUGCUUUCAUG